CUCGCAACCAACCUUAUCGAGUGAAGUGAAGAUUGGGAAAAAUGGCGUCGAUUGCAGCUUCUUCUACUUUCCACUCCUUUUCAACAACCAAAAGCCUUAACUUUACUCCGACCCUUCUUCUUCCUCUAUCCAAAAACCUCACCUUUCGAACCAAACCCAUCGAGAACUGCAGAGUUUGCAGCUUUACGAAACAGAGUCGCCUUGGGUUUAGGAAGCUUUCGUCAGUUGGAGAAGGAGGAGAGGGCGUCGCAGUUGCAGAGGAAGAGCAACAACAACAACAACAAAAACAGCAAGAGACUGUUUCUGUUUCUGUCUCUGUCUCUGUCCCUGUCUCUCCUUCAGACAUGCUCACCAUGUUUUUUCAGGCUGAUGGAACUUUGAAUGAAGCAGCUAUUCCUAAUGUGACAAAGGCCUUACAGGACAUCGAUGGAGUUUCCAAUUUAAAGGUUCAAGUUUCUGAAGGUGUUGCCGUUGUUGAGCUAUCAAAGCAAACAACGGUUCAAGCAACGGGAGUGGCGUCAAGCUUGGUUGAGACUAUACAAGGAGCUGGCUUUAAGUUACAGACUUUGAAUCUUAGCUUUGAAGACGAAGAUCAAGUUCUUGUCUAA